UUGAAUUCACCAUACGCCGAUGUCGGGGGAAAAUCGAGGUCUGAAACAAUGAAGAACUGCCUUUUGAUUUCCAAUGAGACAGAGGAUCACUUGGUGACUCUCUACAUCUAUUCAAAAUAUGAUCCAAUCUGCUGGUUAUCACACUCAUCAAUUAUUAUUCGUCCAGGUCAAAGAGAGUACUAUGAAACUGAUGACACAUUUCGAUAUGAAGUAGCAACGAGAAGGAGGACCUCAAAGAAAGCGGGCACUUUAAUUCCUGUACAGAAGUACACAGGAGAUAAACAUAUAAUUGUCAAGAAAAGUGAUGAUGGUGAAAGUUGCCAGACGGUUGAAGAACACCUUGAUGCUGAUAAUCGGGAUAAACGGAUAUGUAUUCGGAGGCGAAAUUUUGCUCAGCAAUCAAGUUUUCGAGGUGGUCGGGAUUUAUAUGAAAUCCUCCAACUCGAUAUGAAAAAGGUUAGAAAACAAAGCACCGAAGAACAAAACCGAAUGAUCAAACAAGCACGCGAUCGGCAGAUUCGACGGUGGCACCCAGACCAUAAUCCGGAAAAUGCUAACGAAAACAUAGCAAAGGAAAUCAACUUUGCCUUUGCCAUACUGCAUGACCCAGAAAGCCGGGCUAGAUACAACAAUGCUAUAGAUUAUGACAGUGGUUGGUUGUCCAAAUCCAGAUGGCGUGCUAUUUUCUGGCCACAUUGCGAAACUAAAGAACAGAAAUGUUUAUACAGACAACGCAUGCUGCAAAUGGUCAUAUCAAGUGGACUGUUUUUCGGCGGUUUGAUUUUAUCGUUAGCUACAGGUGGAUUAGCUACCCCUGUUGUGGUUACAUGUGAUUUGCUUGGCGGUGCAUUAGCAGGGGCAGGGUUGCAAAGUGGGUCUCGCAUGCUCGGACGAGAUUGCAUUGAGAAUGGGUGUGACUGGAAGACGUACGUUACACGUGCAUUAAUCGGCGGUGUAGCAGGAGCAGCGGCCAGUGGCGCAGGAGUUGCCAUAGCUGGACGACUUGCUUCCACUGCAGCAGUAUCAACGGCCGCUAAAGGGGCUUGUGUUGGAGCAGUAUCCGGGGCAGUUGGUGGUGCAGUCUAUGGUCUGGCAAAUGAGAUGGAAAGAAUCAACGCAGACAAAGAAGAAUGGACAGUGACACAAGUUCUUGGCCAUACGGUUGCAGGAGCACUUAUUGGUGGAACAUUCGGGGCGGUGGCUGGUGCUGUUGCUGGUAAACUUGCCACCGAAACAGAUGCACUCGAGAUGGCUGCUGUCAAAACCGGUGCCAAGCGAUUACGAAUGAAGAUGGCUAAAGCAGUGAGAACAAACGUUACUAAUAAUGUAACCAUGUCUGUUCGCAAUUCCGUUUCGGGAUUUAUUGAAGAACGCACUGAUGAUACUCGAGAAAAUCGACCACUUGUAACACAUCUGAAGAAUGGAUUCAUUGACGUCGUGCUGUCAGUGACGACGGCAGCUGCUACUUCUGUUGCAGGCUCGUUGGUCUCACAUGCAAUGUAUGAACUGAAAGUUAAAAUAAAGGUUAAAGAAUACCUCCAGAAAUUGGGAGUAACAAAGAAAGUGGCCACCGAGACAGAUGCAAGCGAGAUGGCUGCUGUCAACACCGGCGCCAAGCGAUUAGGAAUGAAGAUUGUUGAAGCACUGAAAACAAACGUUACUGAUAAUGUAAUCAUGUCGGUUCGCAAUUCCGUUUCGGGAUUUAUUAUUGAACGUAUAUAUUAUACUUCAGAAAAUCGACUACUUGAAACACAUCUGAAGGAUGGAUUCAAUGACGUCGUGCAGUCAGUGACGACGGCGGCUGCUACUUCUGUUGCAAGCUCGUUGGUCUCACAUGCAGUGUAUGAACUGAAAGUUAAAAUAAAUGUUAAAGAAGACCCCCAGAGAGAAGGAGUAACAAAGAUAGAGGCCACCGAGACAGAUGCACCCGAGAUGACUGCUGUCAACACUAGCGCCAAGCGAUUACGAAUGAGGAUGGCUGAAGCACUGAUAACAAACAUUACUGAUAAUGUAACGAUGUCGAUGCGCAAUUCCGUUUCGGGAUUUAUUGAAGAACGCACUGAUGAUACUCGAGAAAAUCGACCACUUAAAACACAUCUGAAGGAUGGAUUCAUUGACGUCGCGCAAUCAGCGACGACGGCAGCUGCUACUUCUGUUGCAGGCUCGUUGUUCUCGCAUGCAAUGUAUGAACAGACAGUUAAAACAAAGGUUAUAGAAAACCUCCAGAGAGAAGAAGGAAUAACGAAGAAAGAGGCCACAUUAAAAUACGAGUCGAUGACCCAAAAUGAUCAGGAAGCAGAAAGGAGAAAAGCUAGAGAACAUGUGCAUGUAGAAACAAAAACAUUUCCUUUUUUACGAUCGACAGAUGCCAAGCAGAGAACAAUUUCAGUAUCUGACUCCAGCUAUCAAGAAGAAACGAAUCCUCUAUCGCCUGUAAAAGAAAGAAUACUGUUUAUUUCAGAGGGUCUGUGGAAAUCUGAAAUGAUCAUCAAAUACAACACAAAGAGAAUAGCACGUGAGAAAGUACUAAACCAUGGCGAAUCGUUUUACAUACCUUUUCGUGCAAGUGACAUAACGAUUCAGUUUAAGGUCUCCGAUUCACUGGGCGUGAAAUGUGAUUUAACGAAAUGGGAUCGCUUUCACGAUAAAUGGUACAGUGAGACACACGUGUUGCGUUAUCAAACUCCGCAAACCCGAACGUUCACUAUUGGUGGCGAAUUGUACUAUGAAAAAAUCUUGAAGAUUACAAACGAACUAUAUGAUGAAACCAACGAAUUGUGAACUGGAAAUGUGUGUAUAAGUAGCUGGCGAUAAGGUUAAUAUCCGUGGCGAAGAAUGAAUUGAUGAUGUCAUCCGUGAAUGGUCAUGGCGAUGAUUUGUUUGUAAGUAGAUGGCGAUACGGGUGGUGUCCAUGGUGAGGAAUGAAGUGAUGAAAUGAUGUGAUGAUUUGAUCCAUGAAUGAUCAUGACGAUGAUGGUGAUUAGGGAAUGAUGGUGAUCAUGAUGUUUGUGAUCAUGAUGUUCAAUCCAGUAACAAUCUUAUUGACAUUGAUUUGAAAAAGUUAAAAAUGCAGAAAUAUGUAAUUAAAUUACUGAACUGUU